AUGUCUCAGAUCCAAGAAGGAGUGCGUGCUCGUGUUCACAAUCCUGAUGAUGAGGCGAUUUCAUCCACACAUACAAAGCCACCUCUAAAUGCGUCAUUUGAAAAAGGUAAUGCCAACACGAAGCUCAGAACGUUGAAGGCCAUCACGGAGUCAAUUUAUAUCAAUAACGAAUAUAAUAAGACUGAAAAGAAUGAGAUAAUUGGUAGGAAGCAGCAGCAGAACUAUUUUGCGUAUCUGUUUUAUAAAAUCUUAUUAGUUGGGCUGUUCAUUGUCUACGGUGCAUUCAGAUAUGCACAGUAUCAAUACAAUAGGGUUAAGUUGAGAAUUUAUGACCUUGUCUAUAAUCCAUCAAACACCCCACAGUUGAUUAGACAGGAUGUUUUAAAAUUGGACAAGAUUCCCAAGAGAGUAGCUGCCAUCCUGGAUAUGAAACCUAUAGGUGAUGUUGGCGGGGGGCUUACGGGACUCUUAAAUGAUAGUAGUGAGCUAAUUUGCUGGACUGUCUCUGCAGGCAUUAAACAUCUUACCCUGUAUGAUUUUGACGGUGUCUUACAGAAAAACGUCACCAGUUUCAGGGAAGAAAUUCAUAACAAGUUAUCAAAAUACUACGGUCCUUCCAAUGUACCUAAAUUUGUUGUUAGGAUACCACACUCCAACAGCAUGUAUUUUAAUAGAGACGACUCUGAAAGUGAAGAAAAUAAGAAAGUCGCCAUUGAGAUAUCGUUACUAUCAAACAGAGAUGGUAGAGAAACUAUUGUUGAUUUAACAAAAACUAUGGCUGAUCUUUGUACACAAGGAUCGUUGGACUUAUCUGACGUCACCAUGGACCUUGUAGACUCCGAAUUGACACAAUUAGUAGGUCCGGAACCAGACCUACUGGUGUAUUUCGGCCCAUCUUUAGAUCUACAAGGCUUCCCACCAUGGCAUAUCCGUCUCACAGAAUUCUACUGGGAACCUGACAACACUGAAGUCACAUACUCCGUGUUCAUCAGAGCAUUGAAGAAAUUUUCCAGUUGCAAGAUGAACGUAGGGAAGUAA